UUAUUCUACGUAUGAUUUUUUUUCUGGAGAAUAUGUCACUUAAUAUUUUGAAUUAAGAAGAAUUAAAACAACUUUUAGUUAACAGCGGUAUUUCUGAAGACGAUGCUGUUUUACCUUUUGUGAUGUGAUAACACAACAUGUAUUGUUUAUGUACUUGCCACCAGCACCUUUAGUGGAAAAAAACUUGGUUUUUUGCUGAGAUAUUGUGUUAAAAUGAUAUUAAUUAAAGAUUGGAUGCACCUAUUAAAAGGAAACGUGUCAUGAAUCUCGGAAACCACGCGAUGUGUAUCCUAUAUGAGUGAAUACAUAUGAGCAAGAACAGAGUGGAGUUGAUUUAUUUCUAUGGUGUGCUAAAAAAGUGAUGACUAUGGCGAGUGUUUUCAAAAUAAAUCGCCAACUCCUUCCCAUCAAGUUGCAUUUCUUUUUCUUUUAUGGUGCAAUGGGAGGAGUUGUACCAUACAUGCCUGUCUAUGCGAAAGAGCUAGGUAUAACUGCAACAGCUGUUGGUUUCAUAUUCACCCUCAUCCCCUUCUGCGUCUUCCUGUCAAAACCCCUCUUCGGCUACCUCACCGACUAUUUCCGAAACAUCAAAGUGAUCGUCUUUAUUCUCGUGGUCAUCACAUCGGCAUCAUUCGUAGCAAUUUUAUUCGUGCCUUCGGUAGAAAAACCCGACGAGUGCCAUCGGUCGGAAGAGCUUUCCAUACACUGCAACCAAUCGUGCAAGACGCAGUCAAACGAAAGUUGCCGUGUCCUUUAUAGAAAAUGUGGCGGUGCAGUCUUAAAAAUGAUGGUCGUAUUCGAUGAUUCAGACACGUUUGACAUCAAUGAUACCGUGUCCAAAGAAUUACCAUGUUCUUCAAUCAAAAGAUCUAAGAGUUUAAAGUGCAAUUGCAUCGAUAAUCCUUCAUCCACCCAUUUAAACUGCAGUGUUGUAUACUGUCCUGCGGAAGAAGAUGUAUCUAUGUACGGUAAAUUUCAAUUCUGGAUUUUUGUGUUACUAGCUGUUGUUUCCGGAACUGGCGCAAACACGCUUUACACCUUAAGUGACGCAGCCUGUUACGAAGUGCUUGGAGAGCGUCCAGAACUGUAUGGACGUCAGAGGUUGUGGGCUACCAUUAGCUGGGGUCUGAUCACUUUGUUGGCUGGGUUUGUGAAUGAUGUAGCCACUGCGUCCAAGGGAAGAUACGACUAUUCACCGGGAUUUUAUAUCAUGAUAGCUUUCGUCGUGUUAGAUCUAGUGCUGCUACUUAAAAUAAAACUUGCGAAAACGAACUUUUCACUGAACAUUUUCCAAGAUGUCAGAAAGAUUUUCGCAUCAUCUGAAACUGUGGUUUUCGCAGUGGCGGUAUACUUCAGCGGAGCUUUUUCAGGUCUUCUCUGGGGCUACGAGUUUUGGUACUUGGAAGAACUGGGUGCGACGCAAAUGUUGCUGGGAUUAGCUGCUGCGAUUCAGUGCCUGAUUGCUGAAGUUCCGAUGUUCUUCUUCUCUGGCUGGUUCAUCGCAACUUUCGGUUACUUCUAUUGCUUGGCUGGUGCGUUUGCUGCUUUUGCUUUGCGUUUUAUUUUGUACUUUCUAUUACAAAACCCAUGGCUGGUAUUACCCAUAGAAUUAACCCAUAGUUUCACAUGGGCUGUUUUCUAUGCAUGCAUGACGCGAUAUGCAUCGAGUAAUGCACCUGCUGGAACAGAGACCACAAUGCUGGGUAUUUUAGGAGGGAUCUAUGAAGGAUUAGGUGUCGCUACCGGCAGUUUGCUCGGUGGAGUUGGAUUCGACAAAUUGGGUGGACGCUAUACAUUUUUAGUUGCAGCUGUCAUCAGUUUUCUGUGUGUCCCGUACAUUUUCAUCUCCUAUUUCUUCCUAAAAAGGAAUUCCAAAACUUCAUCCUGAAACUGCUAGUGAUGAUAGAGUAAUGUGAACUCAUCUUUAAAUUGAUGAAUUUCAGUUUUUUCAUCUACACCUAAAGUUUAAUAAAAAAAAGUAAACAACCGCAUAAUGCGGGCCGGUUCAAUUAAACAAUACACUCUUAAAAAAUAAAUAAAUAAGCGGGAACAAUAACUCAUAGUCGGUACAGUUAGGUACUUUAAAAAAGAAAGUUGAACAAACUGCAUCAUAUUAUUCAUUGUUACAAUUAGAAAAUGCACAUUUAAGAAAAAUGAACGUAUAUAAAAACACCGUUCCAGCCAGUAACUUUCUUUACUAGUUGUGUUAUGACGAAAAUUUUAAGGAAACAAAUUUAGGUAAAAGUUUAUUUUUGGAUAAGUUCAUUUACUAAUUUAAAUUUGUCAAACACUGCGUUACUAAUUUCAAAACCGCUUGAAGUGUCAACCUCCGAUAUUACUUAAGUGCUGUUAUAAUAGGAAACCAAUGCCAUUUAUUUUGUUAAUAAAAAGUAGUAUUUAAUUCACUUCAUAAAUUUUAAACGUACUUUUUAUUCUGCAAAUAAUCUUAAUAAGAAAUUUGAAAUGCAUUCUUUAAUCGUAUUUUAUAUGUUGGCAUCGAGGACUACAUGUAGUUGGAUUUGCUCCAAGAUCUGACGCAGUAUUAGACAGGAAUUAUGACAACUGUAACACUGUGAGAUUAUCAAUUAUGUAGUUGGCAUUUCGAAGAAAUCUGGCACAACAAUAGACAGAUUUUAUGUUCAACUGUAUAGUUUAUUUGCCAUAGAUGUUUAUUGCAUAUUAUUACUAAAUAGUUGGCUUUGAUACGAGAUCUGACACCUCAGUAAACAGAAAUUAUCAAUACUGUGACACUGUGAGAGUAAUAAAUUAUGUACUUGGCAUUACUACGAGAUCUGACACAGCAGUAGACAGAUAUUAUGAUCAACUGUUUAGUUUAUUUAUCAUCACUGUUUAUUGCAUAUUAUUACUCUGUGUAGUUCAUUUAUCAUCACUGUUUAUUGUGCAUUACCACUCUGUAGUUCAUUUAUCAUCACUGUUUAUUGUGCAUUAUCACUGUCUAGUUUAUUUAUUAUUCAGUUGAUUUUGUUGCGAGAUCUGACACAGCAGUAGACAUAUAAUAUGAUCAACUGUUUAGUUUAUUUAUCAUCACUGUUUAUUGUGUAUUAUCACUCAGUGUAGUUCAUUUAUCAUCACUGUUUAUUGUGCAUUACCACUGUGUAGUUAAUUAUUCAGUUGACUGUGUUACGAGAUCUGACACGGCAGUAAACAGAUAUUAUGAUCAACUGUUUAACUUAUUUAUCAUCACUGUUUAUUGCGUAUCUCUGUGAUAUUAUGAUGACAGAUAUUAUGAUAUGUUUAGUUUAUUUAUCAUCACUGUUUAUUAUGUAUUAUCACUCUGUGUAGUUCAUUUAUCAUCACUGUUUAUUGUGCAUUAUCACUCUGUUUAGUUCAUUUAUCAUCACUGUUUAUUGUGCAUUAUCACUCUGUGUAGUUCGUUUAUCAUCACUGUUUAUUGUGCAUUACCACUAUGUAGUUCAUUUAUCAUCACUGUUUAUUGUGCAUUAUGACUGUGUAGCUUGUUUAUUAUACAGUUGACUUUGUUACGAGAUCUGACACGGCAGUAAAUAGAAAUAAUGAUCAACCAGACACUGUAUGCACUGUAAAUAUUUCAUCAACUUCAUAAAUUAUAAAGGUGGAAAAGUCACCGUGUAGUUUAUUAAUCGUGUAGUGCCGUAUUGAGAGGUGAAAGUGGACUACGGCCACUAAUAAUGUCAAAAAGGGUUUGUAGGUCAACGAUUAAAGACACCGAAACUUUGAAACUCUUUCUUAUUUUGUUUAUGAAAUGAAACUUUAAGUUAGGUAAAUACUUGGCUACAGUGAAAUGUUUCAUGAAGAACAAAAUAUAAUUUUAAAUAAGUUUAAUAAUAGCAUUUUAAAGCUUUAAAAUUUAAAUGUUCUUAGCAUUAAAGAAAAACUGUACAUAUGC